UCCUGGUGACUAACCACAUUGGAAUGGUUCUUUUUUUCAAAACUAAAUUACAUUUCGUUUAGUGAAUGAUAAAUUGAAAUGGUUCUAUAGAUGCUGCCAACCCAAAGGCUCUUCUCUACCCAGAAGGGCCAGAACAAUAUCAUUAACAACGUCGCAGCAGCAUCUCAAGCUUCUGCAACUCCAACAACAGUAAUAAUGGCUUUGAUUUGAUAUCCAUCGACCAAAGCUUCUUCUUCUCUCCCUCUAAAUUAAGUACUGCAAGCUCAUCAGCUUCGCUCGCACCUGCCGGAAGAUGAGAUCGUCGAAAACCCAGUUCAGCCUCAGUCUCAAGCUCCUCCUUAUCUGCCUCGCCUUCCUCUUCAUCCUCUUCCUCGUCCUCCGAUCAAGCUCCCAGCCGUCGUCCCACCAAAUCCCGCCGCUCUUCUCCUCCUCCUCCUCCUCCAACUCCUCGGAUUCCGACCAAACCACCUGCUCUCAGGCUCCGACAUGCACCAAGAUCCCGCCGUCUCUGGCGCAGGCCAUGGUCCACUACGCCACCUCCAACAUCACACCGCAGCAGACCAAGAAGGAGAUCUCCGUCUCGCUCCGGGUCCUCGAGAGGAAGUCGCCUUGCAACUUCCUGGUAUUCGGCCUCGGCCACGACAGCCUCAUGUGGACGGCGCUCAACCACGGCGGCCGCACAGUGUUCCUCGAAGAAGACAAGUCCUGGAUCGACCAAAUCAGCCGCCAGUUGCCCAGCCUCGAGUCUUACCACGUCGUUUACGACACCAAGGUGAGCGACGCCGAUCAGCUGAUGGAGAUCGGGACGAAAGAAGAAUGCAAGGUCGUCGGGGACCCGAGAUUCUCCAAGUGCGGGCUGGCCCUGAAAGGGCUGCCGAACGAGGUGUACGACAUUGAAUGGGACUUGAUCAUGGUGGACGCGCCAACGGGGUACCACGACGCCGCGCCGGGGAGGAUGGGCGCCAUCUACACAGCCGGGCUGAUGGCCCGGAACCGGGAGCAAGGGGAAACGGACGUUUUUGUUCACGAUGUGGACAGAACUGUGGAGGAUAAGUUCUCCAAGGCUUUUCUCUGUGAAGGUUAUUUGACGGAGCAGGAGGGCAGGAUCAGGCAUUUUACAGUUCCCAGUCACCGGACCGUCGCCGGCCGGCCUUUCUGCCCGUAGAUCGUCUUCUUCUGCUUCUUCUUCUUCUUCUUCUUCUCCAUUGCUGUACCGUCUCUGAUGAUUUUACCAUCCCGAGAUUGAAGAGAUGACACUGUUUUGAUGCCUGUGAUUUGGGUCUGCUACUACUGUACUGCCUGAUGAACUCUGUAUAAUCGGCGAUCGAGUUUUCAGACGGAAAGGGUAAAUAAUCGAUUGAUCUAGUUUUUAA